ACACAUUUCUGUUUUUUUUUUCUUCUUCUAAUUGAUGUGUUACUUUCUGUAAAUGGGAGAUCACUAUCCACGGAACACAUACUCAAAAAAUAACGCAGGGAGAGUGACAUUUUCUGAACAUUUAGCGGGUUUACAAACUUUAAAUGAAGAGAUGCUGGAUUUUAUUGGUGCGCACAAGGCAGGUGUCCAUGGAGGCGCCACGGAUCAAUUUGGAUGCAGUGAGAGCCCCUUUUCAGCAGAGCAGGAGGACCCAUUUCUAUCAGAUGACUGGAAGCGCUAUCCGUGGUGAGUGAGGAUCAGCCCAUAUUCGAGCCGCCCUACACCGCAGUGCACAUGAAGGCCGAGAUGACAUCGCCCGGCGGGUUCAGCCAGGCCUCCAAGCAUAGUCCCGAGCCCACCGAGCCAGAGUGGGUGGGGUCAGCGGCGCAGAAUCCUGGGAAAAGAGGCGAACAUGUCAAUGGCACCAGCCGUGAGUCCCCUGUGGACUGCAGCGCCGUCACCAAGCGCUCCAGACACAUGAGCAACGACGGGGCCCCGAUGCAGUACCAGGCCUCGUACCCGGAGCCUCGCGUCAGCCCCCAGACGGCCACCCCACCCAGCAGCGCCACAGAGGAGAAGAGGGUCAUCGUGCCGGCAGACCCAGAGGUUUGGACACAGGACCACGUGCGGCAGUGGCUGGACUGGGCCAUCAAGGAGUACGUCCUGGAAGAGGUGGACGUCAUGCUCUUCCAGGCGCUGGACGGCAAGGCCCUUUGCAAGAUGACCAAGGAAGACAUGAUGCGUCUCACGUCAGCUUACAACGCAGACAUCCUGCUCUCGCACCUCAGUUACCUCCGGCAGAGUAGCCCUACAUUCUCGUACUCCACAACUCCCACCAACACCACACCGCCACAGCAACCCAGACUACAAGUGAAAGCAGAGAGCGGUUUUGAUGAGAUCAGCUGCAGGAACAGCUGGCCGGCAAACACCAUGAGUGCAGUGCCAAAAGGCCCCUCGAUGGAGCACCAACACAGCUCAAGAGUUACAGAGCCUGCUCCAAGAAUUGCGCAAGACCCGUAUCAGACAUUAGGGCCCAUUAGCAGUCGACUAGCCAACCCAGAAGGCCAAGCCCUGAGCUCAUCCAAGAACCGAACAGGCAAACAAAGUCCGUACAAGCUCCCUGACCCCAGCGCUCACAGGCCUGUGGGUUCAGGGCAGAUCCAGCUCUGGCAGUUCCUGCUGGAGCUGCUGUCCGACAGCAACAACUCCGGCAUCAUCACCUGGGAGGGCACAAACGGCGAGUUUAAGAUGACCGACCCGGACGAGGUGGCCAAGCGCUGGGGAGAGCGCAAGAGCAAGCCCAACAUGAACUAUGACAAGCUGAGCCGCGCUCUGCGCUACUACUACGACAAGAACAUCAUGACUAAGGUGCACGGCAAGCGCUACGCCUACAAGUUUGACUUCCAAGGCAUCUCUCAAGCACACCAGAAUCACUCAGCGGAAGGGGGCAUUGUCAAGUACCAGACUGAGAUGUCUUACGUCCAGCCCUACCACAGCCACCAGCCCAAAAUGAACUUCAUGGGUGGCCAUCCUGCACCAAUGCCCGUCUCUCCCGGCAACUUUUUCAGCCCUCAGUCGACAUACUGGAACUCAACCAACAGCCCCAUCUAUCCUGGGUCAGCCAUGACCAGACACCCCGCGACCCACUCCCACCUGAGCUCGUACUACUGACGACGAUGCAUUUCACUCCUGAACGAGAUGAAAAACACAUUCACUCCAUCCGGGAUGCACCUGAGCUGAACCCUGUCUGAAAUGAAGGUGAUAUGACGCUACGGUCUGUUUUUAUAAAGGGCAUUAUGAUGUUGUCUUGGUCACAUUCCUUCUUAAAAAUGGACACAACGUUGAGGGUUAAUUAACUGAGGAAUGGAAAGGAUUUAUAUUGUACCCUUUCCAAAGAUUUUUAUGAAUAUACUGAUGACACACUGUAUUAACGGUUAUUCAGAUGUUAUGAAACCAAGUUUAUUUUGUUUGUAAGUAUCUUGUUUUAUUUGUAAAGUCCUAGCAUUUACUUUGUGUGGCAUAACUGUUCUUUUAACUUCAUUAGGUAGAAGCUGCAGUUAUCACAUUCAAUGAUCUGACAUUUGUAAAAGAGAAAUUGUACAGAAUGGUGGUUAAGUAGCAAUAUAACAUUUACUCACGAUGUAAAGCUAAUAAAUGAUGCUUGUAUCUAAAAAA